CUAUUACUUUAAUCCCAAUGUCAAAAGUAUUGACAUUGACGUUGUCAAGUGGUUACGGACGGUAAGCCAUUGCAAUGGAACCCCCUCGAACCACCAUAACCCAGGCAUGAUUUGUGGUUGACUUAAAAGAUGGACGUUGCGGCUCAACGAAUUGAAGAGUUUAGCUCAGCAGUACCAGGUAUUCCUGAAAGUGGGUGGGAUCUGUAUCACCUACACAAACAAUGGCAGCUGCCAGGAAUUUGAAUUUUCGACUGCCAGAGUUUCGUAAACAGAGGAUUCACGACAUCGUCGAUGUAAUGCAAUGGGAGUUUGAGAUUAUUUUUACUCUGUUUUUGUAUUUACAUCAUAAUACCAAUGUAAUACAGGAUUUCUUAUACUGAAGAAAAAAAUAUCGGAUAUUGAAAAUAUUUGACUAUAAAUUAGUGUAAUGCAUGAUAUGACAGUUUGCAUUAAUGACUGAAUAUUUUGUUUGCCUCUGCGUAAGUUCAUUCAAAAAUAAUUUGUGAUGCCAAGAAGUGUAGUUGGUCAUAUGAAAUAUUUUGUUUUUUAACUGAUACAAUUGUGUUUAAUGUCUGUGCCAAAUUGAUUCCUUUGUGGUGUGAGGAGUCUUGUUUUGUUAUAGAAAUAUUUGAUUUGCAGUAUCACUGAAAACAGACUGUAAAUGAGCUAAGAUUAUUUUCAACCUCCAAAAGACCUGGGUGCAACCUACUAUUCUGUGAGGUGUAGAUUUUGUGAUUACAUGAAUGAAAAUUGUUUACUUUAGUGUUUCCUCUUAUUCCAGCAAUUUCACUAUCUGAAGGUUUGGUAAUAGUUGGUUCAUUUUGAGAGCUUUUCUUGGAUGAAAUGGAAUAUUCAUUGACAUAAAACCAACUUUGUUUCAAAGCUGUAUAUUCAACAUCUUUUGAGAAUGGAAGGUGAAAACUCAGGUUUGCCUUUAAUCAAACAAGAAAAUGACAAUUUGGAGGAUGAACUUACCAAAACCACAGUAGCUUCUUUCACAGAAGUGAAGGCAGAGCCAGAAUUUAUUGAUUGUAGUGAAGUUGAUGUAAAAUAUACAUAUCCGGAUACAAAGAGUGAAGAGGACCAUCCAAGUUUUGAUGUGGAAAGCAAAAAGAAGAUCUGUAUUUCAGACGAAAAUAGAAAAGACGUAUUUUCAGAGAGAAGCAACACAGCAGGCAAGCAACUAACUUGUGCUGAAUGCCAAAGGACAUUUUCACAUAUGUGCAGUCUGAAAUGCCACAUGAGAACUCAUACAGGAGAGAAGCCAUAUACUUGCUGUGUGUGUCAAAGAAAUUUUUCUAAUCUAAGUAAUCUUAAAAAACACAUGAGAACCCAUACAGGAGAGAAACCAUUCACUUGCUCUGUAUGUCAAAGAAGUUUUUCUAGUCAAAGUAAUCUCAAAACACACAUGAGACGUCAUCCAGGGGAGAAACUAUGUACUACUUGUUCUGUAUGUGAGAGAAGUUUUUCUCAUCCAAGUGUUCUAAAAAAACACAUGAGAACUCAUACAAGAGAGAAAUCAUUCACUUGUUCUAUGUGUCAAAAAAGUUUUUUUCAUCAAAGUGAUCUCAAAACACACAUGAGAACUCAUACAGGAGAGAAACCAUUCACUUGCUCGGUAUGUCAAAGAGGUUUUUCUGAAUUAGGUAAUCUAAAAAAACAUAUGAGGUCUCAUAUAGGAGAGAAACCAUAUACUUGCUCGGUCUGUCAAAGAAGUUUUUAUCAACAUAGUCAUCUGAAAAAACACAUGAGAACUCAUACAGGAGAGAAACCAUUCACUUGCUCGGUAUGUCUAGGAAGUUUUUCUUGUCAAGGUAAUCUCAAAAGACACAUGAGAAGUCAUACAGGAGAGAAACCAUAUACUUGCUCUGUAUGUCAAAGAAGUUUUUCUCUAAAAUGUGUUCUCAAAAAACACUUGAAAACUCAUACAGGAGACCCCCUCAACUUGGCACCACCUUGAUCAGGUGAGGGGCUCUUGAACCUCUCGAAUUUGUUUUCCGAGGUUCGAACCCAAGAGUUCCUUAUAUUAAUGGAUAAUUCAGGAUUAACAUUUGUGGAUUUUUCCCGCCAUGUCAAAAUUUACAAAGUCUGAUAAAUAGGAAAAUGUAUCAUGGCUUGAUGUGGAAUUAAAUCUGAAGCUAGUUAGUUGGAACUGUGGUAGAGCCAUCAUCUACCUUACAAUGUUCAAACCUGUUUUUUCCGGGGGGAACUUUUCUGUGGAGCUGGACCACAGAUUCCAGUUCUAGGAAUAGGACUCUCGACAUUCUUUCUGUUUUGCCCCUAAUGUGAUUAGGAUGGGGAUGACUGGAUCAUCAUAAUACCUUCAGUCAUAGCAAGCAGGUUUUACUUACACUUUGGCCAUACAAAUCAUGUUAUGUGUACAUUUGGUAGUCGGUUCCCACUUGUGCCUUCAGCAGAAGAUUGAACUCCAUGAAAAGCCAUAGAUAUCUUUCCACAAUUUACAGUUUUUUUCCAAAUGUUUAUGGAAAACAGACCUAAAGAUUUAAGUACCCCUGGGCCCCAUGAUGGAAAAAUUCUGGCACAGUUGAUGACUAUUGGAAUAUCACUCUCAAAUCUCCUUAGUGGGGCUUCAAACAAUGAAAAUGCUACAAAGGAACACCCUACCCUGUUCCAAGUAAAAUAUCAAAUUCAGAACACCCCUAGGGUACAUAGAAAUCCAAAAAGAAACCAAUAAAAACCAAUUGAUAGACUCCAAUAUUAUAACGAAACCAUGCAUAGUAAACAAUAAUUGUGAAUUAGAGACAAGUAAACCUCCCCAUCUCCCAUCAAUUCAACAGUUAGCCACCUAUACAGAAAAAUACAACAAUUCUAAUAAACAAGCAUCAUACAUAAAACAAGGACUGAAAAGAAACAGAAAUACCACAUGAAUCCCACAUUGGUGCAUUUUGAUUACCUCUUUGGACCAGAUAACUUGUCGAGAUUUCUAGUCCUAAAAACUGAAAACAAACUUCCAACAGCUAUACUACUAGAAAACAAAUGACUCCACUUACUACUAUAUCCAACGCAGGACAUGGAAUGUAGACACAUCAAAGAUAAUGAAUGCUUAGUUCAAGUAACCAACAAAAAGCAGUGUCACUACCUUUUUAAAUACUAUAACAGAAAUACAUGAUAUAAAAAUAACAAUUACAAGCCACAAAACCCUGAAUUAUGUACAAGGUACAGUCAUUCUGCCCAUCAACCUAGAAAAUACUCAAUUCCAAGUAGGAAAGACAAGAAUAAGAAUAUCAACAUUGUCAAAAAAAAAUUUACAGACCAAGACCUCCCAUUUAAAAUGUAUUAAAGCAAAAGGCAUAAUAGCUCUCGCCUUAUUGAAAAAACUAUCACAUACCAAGUGGGGAACUCGAACAUAACACCAUGGUAAUGUUAUACAAUGCAUCUGUAUAAUCUAUAAUAGAUUAUUGUUGCCCAAUGGUUAUAUUCAUCCACCUCAGAAACAACUUUAAAAACACCAGAUGCAUUAAAUCAUGAAGGAAUAUGAUUGUGUAUGGGAGCAUUUAUAUCCCAAAUAAUUGCCAUGUUAGCAGAAGCUGUUAUAUAACCUUAAAACAUCACUGCAACUUGAUGAUAACUAGUAUGUGUAGGGGCCUUUCCCUUCAAUCAGGAGCAUCUCCUGCUGCUACCUACUUUCUGAAUUAUAAUCAUAAGUUGUGAAAAUUAUAGUGCUAGCUCUUUUCCAUAAAGUACCAGAUAUUUAAUGAAACACACAGCAAUUUUACCCCAAUUUCCCAUCCAAAAUUGAACUUCCACCAACCUGGACUUUGAAACGAAUAUAAAAGGGAUUUUGACGAAGGAAAAAUCUAUUUCUGGGGGAAGACCUGUGUUGCCCGGUGAAAAGUCCCUGUAGCUCACUUUUCUAAGUAUAAAUAGAUUCUAAAUAUACCAGAGAAAAAAGCUAGCAUGGUAUGCUGAGGUUACUACCUUCGCGCGAGCACCCAAAGGGUGUCGUGUAUAAAGUAUAAGGCGAGUGGAAGCCACUAUUCACAGGUCUUCUGCCAAUUAGAGGAUUCCUUUCCAAAAUCCCUCUCUUAGAGAGAGCCGUUGCAACGGCCACUCCUCUGUCCUCGCUCCCACUACUACUACUACCCGACCCACGCGCCAUCUAGUAUUCCUGGAUUAGACACCCUAGCUUGGAUUGGUUAAGGGUGGGAAAUUUAAUUAGAAGGGAUGGGUUCACCGGGCGACACAGAUCUUCCCCCAGAAAUAGAUUUUUCCUUCGUCAAAAUCCCUUUUCUGGGUUCGACCUGUGUUCGCCGGUGAAAAAGUAUCAAGAGAAAUCCCAUCCAAGCUUACCAGAUACCAAACCAGAAUAUAAAGAAGGAGUUAAUGAAACCUAAGGUUCAUUUAAAAAAUAAAUUUACAUAUUUGCUAAUUACACUAGGUCUUAAACUAUGACUUAGAACUAGUAACAAUAUGACAAUAAUUAGAACUAGUAACAAUAUGACAAUAUAAUACAUUCAAGAAUUGUAUCCAUCAUAUCUUCUAAAAAGAAAUAAGACAAACAAAGAUAUUGGAACACAUAAGAAGGAAAGGAGAUCAACUUAUGAUUUAUUAAGAUGAAUAAAAAAAAUAACUGGAGUAGGAGUUUCAGCAUUCUCAAAAGAUAAUCAAAAUAAAUUUUCCCCCAAUAUCAUUAGUAUAGACUACAGAACUCGCAGCCAUAUGAACAGCACUAAACAUAAUAUGUGAGAAGAGAGCACUUUCCACCAUAAUUUUCAGUGACUCUCGAAGUGCUAUCGACACUAAACAAAUACAAGAAAUUCAAAUAAAAAUCCAUCAACUCAUUCAAUCAGGACUAUUAAUAAAAAUAUGUGGGAUUCCAGCACAAGUGGGAAUUGAAGGAAACAAAAAAGCAUUUUCAGCUACCAAAUUAGCUUUCACUAUUCCAUCAACAAUGACACAUGCCCCAGCAUCAGACUGGGUAACAUCUAUUUAACCUUACCAACGGAUUGGACAUCAGUGCCAACCACAAAUAAACAGGAAUAUGAAAACUGAAGUACAUUUAUGGAUAUGAUCAUCUCAGAAAGAAAGAGCUAAAGAAGUUAUAUUAACAAGACUACGUAUAGGCCAUACUAGAUUUCCACAUGGUCAUUUGAUGUCAAAUCUACAUUCAGGACCAAUGAAAUGUAAUACAUACUAGUAUAUGCCAAACACCAAACACUUAUUAGUUGAAUAUCACUUUUUGGAACCAGCAAAAAAGCAUUUAUUUUCGAAAUCCAACAUUAAAGGCAUUCUUGCUGAAGGCGAAGAUUUCUCAUUUAAUAAGAAUUGUUCCUAAAUAAAAUUGGUUUUAUAAAUAAAGUAUAUUUUUUUUCAGGAUUAAUUCCUGAAAACCAGCCCAAAAAGAGCCUUUAUUAGGCUCAGAGGUCUGGAUAAGCUAAUCUGUUAAUAUAAUAAUAAUAAUAAUAAUAAUAAUAAUAAUAAUGACUUGCUUCAUAAAUGACUGAAGUACUACUUUAUUACUGUAUUCUGUUGUAAGCUAGCUAUACUCUGUUUUUUCCAUCUGUCCACCCACUUGUGGUGUUUGCGUAACACUGUGUCCCGGGCUCUAGAUAGUUACGCUAUGUGUAAGUUUUAGGUAAAUAAGAGGAUACCUGAGUGUAUAUUUGCAACUGAAAACUGUUUUAAUAAUUUACUGUAUGCGAAUUAAACCGUUAAUAUUCGAAAUAGGAUUUUGUUAUUAUUGUUGAAUGUAAGCUGAAUGUAACUAUCAAAAGCCCGGGACACAGUGUUACCAUAUGGAAACACCACAGGCCGGUGGACAGAUGGAAAAAACCGAGUUUAGUCAGAAGUGGAGCCAGGACUUGCUUUGUAAAUGACCAAAGUACUUUAUUACUGUAUUCUGUUGUAAGCUAACUAGUCAGAAGUGGAGCCAGGACUUGUUUUGUAAAUGAUUAAAGUGCUCUAUUACUGUACUAGCAGUCCCCGGUUAUUGGUUGGGGUUCUGUUCACAGCAGAGUGCCGAGUUUCGGUUAAUGGCGGUUGACACUUAUCAUAAGUGUAAACCGCCAUUAAGCGAAACUCGGCAAUUGCACUUGUGGCACUGAUAUCCAGUUAAUGGUGCCACAACUUUAUUAUAUGGAACUCGUCGCAUUAUGGCACCAUAAAUCGCUGAUUUUAUGGCUCAGAAAAGUGCCAUAAAACCAGAUCACCGUUAACCAAAUCUGCAAAUAACUGGGAAAGCGCCUCAGUGGCAUGGUUGGUAUGGUGUUGGCGUCCCACCUCGGUGGUCGCAAGUUCGAUUCUCGGCCAUUCCAUUGAGGAGUAAGAGAUGUGUGUUUCUGGUGAUAGAAGUUCACUCUCGACAUGGUUCGGAAGUCACGUAAAGCUGUUGGUCCCGUUGCUGAAUAACAGCUGGUUCCAUGCAACGUAAAAACACCAUACAAACAAACAAUAACUGGGAACUGCCUGUUAUUCUGUUUUAAGCUAACUAGUCAGAAGUGUGGAGCCAGGACUUGUUUUGUAAAUGACUAAACUCUAUUACUGUACUCUAUUUUAAACUAACCAGGCAGAAUUGUUGAGAUAUGAAUAUAUCUGAUUUUUACCCUUUUGACAAUUAACCAUCUGGUAUUCUUGAUUUUUUUUGUUUACCUUGUAACCUUUCCAACUCCAUUUCAUUUGUGCCCCGACGAUGCCUGAAUAAACUUUAGAAAGUGCUUGGU